AUGUCGUUCCCGAAGGCUCCGCUCAAGCGGUUCAACGAGGCACCAACUUGUGCUCCACCGCCAGGCUCUUAUGAUAUCCAAACUUCAGAUUCCUCAAAAGGACCUGUGUCUUUUGACAAGUCCCACCGGUUCAGAAUGGAGACAGAGGAUGUAGGAACUCAACAGAAUCCGAGCAGCAUGAAGCCACCUUCCCCAGCAACUAGACGAAAACUCCAAUCUCUUGGAUCAAGACCAAACAGUUUGGGAUUGAAGUCUGAAAAAGAUUUGACUGUCAUGAAAGGCUUGAGGAAACAAAAGGAGUUGGAAAAAGAGAUUCGGGUGCUAAUUGCAGAAAGAGGCCAGCAGGAUAAAAAACUGCAAGGUCUAGAGGAAGAUCUGGCCAAGUCUGAAUCCAAACUGUGUGCUGUCAUUAGGGAGAAAACCUCUCUUUUGACAAACGUUGCUUCUCUGGAAAAGCAGCUUCUGGAGCUGAGCAGGAGCAAUGAAAUUCUCAAAACAAAGUAUUUUGAAGAUGGAACACAGAAAAUGAGCCGUUUAUAUACAGAGUUAAUGAGGCUCAGAAAUCGGAUGAAUACAAAGAAGACUGCAUUUGUCAAGCAGGAAAACAUGGACACUAAAUUGAAUACAGACCAAAGAACCUUGGAUCAUUCAAAUGAAAAAGCAACACAGCUGGAAGAACAACCAACAGCUGCCGAGAGGCAGGAUGAAGAGAAAUGUGACUCGGAGAAACUCUUGGAAUAUAUUGCAGAACUUGGCAAUGUUGCAGAACAAGUUGAAGAUAAAUUCAAGAUGGAUAUUGCCCAAUUAGAGGAAAAAAUAGAAGCUAAGAAUAAAGAAACUGAAACAUUGCAAAGUACUCUUCAGCUGAAAGAAUCAACACUGUCAGCACAAAUUGAAGAGCUGCGUGAGAAGUGCAAGAUGUAUGAACAGCAAAAAGGGAAAUGUUUAAUUGAAUAUGGAGAAAAGGAGCAAACUCUGAAUGCUGAGAUAGAACAUCUGAAAGAAAAACUGGAUCUAGAAGAACGGGAACACCAAAAGCAGAAAGAAGUCUGUAAGGCCUCUGCUACUACGCAUCAGAAGUUGCUUGAAUUUCAAGAAGAGGUGGCUAAAGAGAGAGAAAUUCUGAACAGAGAACUGAAAGAAACCAUGGAUGAGUUGGAUAGGCUGCACACCAAAGAAGGCAAAGUUGACAAGCUGUUGAAGCACUUGGAAGAAGAGAAUAAAGCCCAAGCUGAGGAGCUAGCACAGCUGGAAGGAAAACUGAAAAGGAAAAAUGCAAAGUUAGAGAAAAUGGCUGAAUUACACAGUAGCGCCAUUGUGAAGAUGCAAGAAGAGCACAGUAAUACCCUGUGCAAACUUGGAGAGACCGUUGCUGAGUUUGAAACUUACAAAGUUUGUGUGGCCGAAGAAAUUGCAUGCCUCAGACAAGAGAAAACUACCCUCCACGGUGAAACACUUGAGAUGAGCAAAACAGUCCAGCACAUGACUGAGGUGAUGCAAGAAGCACAGCUUGCUACAGACAAGGCAAAGGAAGAAUGUGCAAGGAUGCUCCUGGAUGCUGAGACAAAAAUAGCAUUAAGAGAUGCAGAAAUAAAAAAGAUCAAGGAUUCGAAUAUUGUGCAAAUUGCUAAUUUACAAGCAAGGCUAGAAGACCAAAGUGAAGAAUUAAACAAGCAACUUGAAAUGGAAAGGAAAACCAUCGCAGAAAAACUAGAAGCUGAUUAUAUAAAGAGUAUAAAUAACUGGCGUGUCCUAUAUGAGGACUUAUAUAAUAAAGUCAAACCAUUUCAGCAACAACUUGAUGCUUAUGAGGCUGAGAAGAAUGCCCUUUUGAACGAACAUGGUGUAGCCCAAGAAGAGCUGAACAAAAUUAGUGAUGCAUAUGCUAAGCUGCUGGGCCAUCAGAAUCAGAAGCAGAAAAUCAAACAUGUAAUGAAACUGAAAGAAGAGAAUACCCAACUGAAACAGGAGGUAUCAAGAUUGCGCACUCAGCUAGCAAAGAACAAACAAGUUCAUGGAGAGCUCCAGGGGCAAAUUAAUGAAAUUCAGGGUAUCAAACGAUUUGAUCCUUCUAAAGCUUUUCAGCACUCUACUAAGGAAAAUGUUGCCCCCAAAACACCUUUUAAAGAAAGUAACAGAAACAAAAGCCAAGCUGCUCUGUACUGAACAGGAAUAAAGUCACGUGUUGAAGUGUCAAGGGCUCUACUUGCGACGUAAUUGACUAGUCCUACUGAAUUAUGUGUACUUCUGUAGAUUCUUUAAAUUCAGUGGAAUGAUGUAGCUAAAUUGCAAUAUAAUAAAGC